GUUACCAUAUGGAUUGUCAACCUGAUAUUCUGAAAAGUAAUCAGCUUGUUGGAUUCACAGAAGUCAUGGAUAAGCUUUUAAAUAAAACAAAUUUAGGGUCUUUCUCAUUGAGACACGCCUCCCUUAUGGCUGUAUGCAAUUCUGCUGGUACAUGGCAAUUGGCCAGUUCAAAAGAAAUGUUGUGAAAGUGAAUCGAACUAUUUUGCAGUUCAGGGGACAGAAAAGCUCAGGCAACAUCUCACCACACCCCCAGCUUAGAGGUUGCAGCUGGUACAAAAGCUCCUGUCAGCCCCUUCAGAUGUUUUUGAUCUGACUUAGGCCAAAGCUUCCAAAAGCUUAUGAAAUGGGACUGAAUGUAAAAGCCAUGAAACUUGUCCUGAACAGUUUUUUGUUGCUGCUGCUCCAAGAAUUCAGUACAGCUGUGAAGGAUGAUGUAAGAUCUAGCUGCAGAACUGCUCCAAAUGACUUGGUUUUUAUUUUGGAUGGCUCAUUUAGUGUAGGGCCAGAAAAUUUUGAAAUUGUCAAAAACUGGAUUGUCAAUAUAUCCAGCAGUUUUGAAAUUGGGACUACAUUUACACAAGUGGGUGUCAUACAAUAUAGCGAUGAUCCAUUGCUAGAAAUACCAUUGGACAAAUAUAGGUCAAAUGAAGACUUGAUGAAAGCAAUGGAAGCCAUAUUGUACCGGGGUGGAAACACAAGAACAGGAAAAGCUAUAACAUUUGGAGUUAACUACGUGUUUGCUACCUCAACCAGGGCUGCUAAUGCUGUGACAAAGGUAGCAGUUGUACUUACAGAUGGAAAAUCCCAAGAUGAUGUGAAGGACUCAGCAGAGGAAGCAAGGAAAAAGAAAAUUAUCCUGUUUGCAAUUGGAGUUGGUCAAGAAAUAGAAGAUGCAGAACUUCAAGCAAUUGCAAAUAAACCUUCAUCCACAUAUGUGUUUCAUGUUGAAGACUACAGCGGUAUAACCAAAAUUAGAGAAACAAUCAAACAAAAGCUUUGUGAAGAGACUGUCUGCCCUACAAGAAUACCUGUGGCAGCUCGAGAUGAAAAAGGCUUUGAUAUCCUGGUUGGAUUAGAUAUUAGAAAAAAAGCCAGUAAAAUUGAAGGGUCUUACCAUGGCAAAAAAGCUUAUAGAGUUGCAUCACAGAGUGAUUUAACGGAAAAAACAAGUGACAUUUUUCCUGAUGGCCUUCCUCCCUCCUAUGUCUUUGUGUCCACAUUACGAUUCAAGAGACCAGUAACUAAGGAAAAGUGGGACUUGUGGAGAAUUCUUGCUCUAGAUGGCACAAUUCAAACAGCAGUUACAUUGAAUGGAGAAGACAAUACAGUAAUCUUCCAUACAACACACAAGACAAAUGAUACACAGUCUGUGACGUUCAUGUCUCCUCUUAUAAAGGCAUUGUUUGAUGAAAACUGGCACUUAUUGCGAGUCCUCGUAACAGAGAGGGAUGCCACGUUAUACCUAGAUGAUAAAUUGAUUGAGACAAGGCAACUAGAACCGGUUCUUGGUAUCUUCAUCAGUGGAAGAACACAAAUAGGGAAGUACUUUGGGAAAGAAGCAACUGUACCAUUUGAAGUUCAAAAGUUAAGGAUUUACUGUGACCCAGAACAAAAUCAACGAGAAACUGCCUGUGAAAUUCCAGCUGUUAAUAUACUGUGUGACAGUAGUCUUGAUGACGUUAUGUCCACACCACCCCCUUGUACAUGUGCUCCAGGACCAGCUGGCCCUCGAGGUCUAAAGGGAGAACGUGGAGUAUCUGGGGAACAAGGCGAUGCCGGAAGACCUGGUGCAGAUGGUAAGCCUGGAAUUCCAGGAUUGCCUGGAAGCCCAGGCAUACUAGGACCUCAAGGUAUCCAGGGAUUGCGUGGGCUUCAUGGAUACAAGGGCGAGCAAGGGAUCCCUGGUGUUCCGGGUGAACAAGGUCUUCCAGGAUUUCAAGGACCACCUGGACCACCAGGACCUGUGGGUUCUAAAGGUUUAAAAGGGGAACCAGGCCUACAUGGUUUUAAGGGUGAAAAGGGUUCAAAAGGGGACAAAGGUUCUCAUGGUUUUCCUGGAAUACGUGGAUUUCCUGGGCAUCAAGGUGCAAGUGGGAACAAUGGCUUACCUGGAAUUCCUGGCACAAAGGGAGAACCUGGAGAGGUCGGUCACCCAGGAUUAGAUGGAAUAGCAGGAAUGCCUGGAAUUCCUGGGAUGCCAGGAUAUAUUGGACCAAUGGGACCCAAGGGGAGCGAUGGAAUUCCUGGGGAGAAAGGAGAUCGGGGCCCUCCUGGCAAAGCAGGUGAAAUGGGACUGUCAGGUUUACCUGGAUCAAGAGGACUACCUGGGCCUAAGGGUUACAAGGGUGAACAAGGAAUUCAAGGCAUUCAAGGGCAAAAUGGCAAUAAGGGGCAGAAAGGAGAACCAGGUUUACCAGGUCAGCCAGGACAAUCUGGAAUGCCAGGAAUGAAAGGAAUAAAGGGUGACAAAGGAAAUGCAGGUGUCAAGGGAAACCAGGGUUACAAGGGUUUAUCAGGACAGCCAGGACUUCCAGGACUACAGGGGACAAAAGGCUCAACAGGAUCAAAAGGAGAGCCUGGAGAACCAGGAGCAUCAGGCACUGCAGGCAUGAAAGGUCAGAAGGGUGAACCUGGUUUACCUGGCAGAACUGGGAAUUCAGGGCCUAAAGGAAAGACUGGGCUUUCAGGACCACCAGGACCACCCGGUCCAGAAGGAAUUUCAGGAAAAGUCAUUUCAGAUGAGUACAUCCGACAGGUUUGCAUGGAUGUGAUAAGAACCCAGUUACCUUCAGUUUUGCGCAACGAAAGGAAUGAAAAUUGUUUGCACUGUCAGAUACGCAAGGGUUCACCUGGACCACCAGGGCCACAAGGACCACCAGGACUUCCUGGACUUCAAGGUCCACCUGGUUUCCCAGGUUUGGAUGGUGAACAAGGUCAACCAGGUCAUUUAGGUUUACCUGGUCUUCCAGGCAUUCAAGGACUCAUGGGAUUCCCUGGUUUGAAAGGUGAGAAAGGUGACAGAGGAGUUGGUUCCCCUGGAAUGCAAGGCCUACCAGGACCACCAGGAUCUAUGGGCUUACCUGGAGUUAGUAAAGAAGGAUACCCAGGAAAGCCUGGUGCACCUGGAAAUGCUGGAAAUCCUGGAAAAUCAGGGAGGCCUGGGCCUCCUGGUCCACCUGGAACAUGUCAUCCAUCUCUAUGCUAUGGAACAAUUGGAGGAAGAGAUCCCUUUAGGAAAGGACCAAACUAUUGAAGCUGGAUCAUCAACCAUAUUGGAUGAAUGGACUUGGAGUGAGUUUAUGAUAUUACUAAGUCUGGUGCUUAUUAUUUUUAAAAUCCUAAAAGAAAUCUCAGGAUAAUUUACAUGAGUGUACCCAUGUUCUGCUAUGUCAAACAACUUUUAAUUAGGCAUUCUAAGACUGCUUAUUAGAGGUCUUUAUCUACAUAUACAAUCCAAGCUCUUACUCUACUUUUUGUUUCAUUUAUAUUGUUUGUAUUUGUUAUUUAAUGCUAUGCUUAAAGAUGGAGAGGUCAGAUAUUGUAACAUAUAUUAUUGAGUUUGCUGUACAACCUUGUUUGAGACAUGAGUAUGUGUUGUUUUCUUUUUAAUCUUGGUCACUUCUUUAGUGUGAUGUACUGCACUAUUUGUAUAUUUUUAAAAGUUGAAUCCAUUAACUUAAUACGGCAACAGAUAUCAACAAUUAUAAAGAAUGAAGUCUAUAACUUCUUAACAAAGUUGUCUAUGUCCUCUGUCUGAGAUAUUUACUAAAAACAGAAAAGAUAUUACAUUGCCAAAUUUUCACCUUGCGUUCAUUGGGACAAAGGUUAAAUCUGAAACAAUCACAACAAUUGAUGCAAGAGGUGAAAAAGCUGGUGAUUAGUUGGUAAGUUGAUUCUAUUUGGCCAAGGCAUUGCCAUCAAAGCCUAUUUGCUAAUCAAUAUCCUUUUUUUCCCCGUGAUGUAAAUUGUUGUGAUCAUAUAAAACGUAGCAUUGAUGCUUUUGACUUGAUAAAUGCAAGAUGAAAAGCUUCAGUGACAUGUCUGUCUUUUCAGCAAUGUUUAGGUUCUGUAUCACCAAGCGAUUCUUUUAGCUUAAUGCAAUCACAAUUUAAUUAUUUUCACUUGCAAUUAAUGCUUAAGUGGCUUCUAAAAAUGUAAUGUCAAAUAAUGCCAUCUUCUGCUUUGAAAAUUUCCCUCAUUUGCCUUGUCUUUAUUUGCUGUUUUCUGUGCUUUUGUAAGCCUUACUAAAAAUUAAUUUUGUAGGGUUUGAAACUAAACAUCAAAAUACAGUUCUACUAGGAUUUAGUUUAAUUCAACUGCUUUAUUAAUGUUUAAAAUUUAUUGUAUUUAUCGUGAUUUUGUAUACUGGUACUGUUACUAUGGAACUUCUGCCAAGAAACUUUCUUGGAGAGAAGUGGUUCCACCAUUGCAACUGAGUUGGUGAACAAUAAAUAUUAGUCUAUGAUUUGGUCAAACAAAACUACAAAAAUAGUUUUUCUACCUUAACAUAAGCCCAUGUAUCAUUUGUUUCUAUGGUAGUUUUCCAUAGGGUACAGGAUUAUAAUUAAUGGUCCAGGCAUCUCAGUUUGCAACAAAUGCAUCUGUAAAUUUAUCAUUUUCACGAACAAUGGGAACUAAAUUCACGCUGCAAUGUAUUAUCAAUGAACAUGGAUGCUUGAAAAUUACAAUGGAAAACAUUUUUGUCCUCUGCUGACCACCAGAAAGUUUUACAACAGUUUAAUUAAUGUUUAUUGGAAUACCUAGGAAUAGCUGUAUUCUUGCUUUUAAAAAAUAUGGAAAUAAAAAACAA